CUACAACAGGUUGUAUCAAUGUAGUGGGAGAUGGGAAAGUGAAGAAAUCGUGGGGUGCUGGAUGUGCAUCGUUAAGGGAUUUUCUCGCUUUAUCGAGUGAACCUUCGAAUCGGUUGAAAUCAUUCCCUUUGCCCUCGUUUCAGGGGUAGUGGGUGCACGUGCCGCUGAGUCACGCUUACUUGUUGUCGUAGAUUGUAGCUGAAUUGUAAUGAGUUGAUAUUAGGCCGGAAUUGGCGUAAAGAUUCAUCUGAUUGAUUUUUCCUUUUGUGAUAAACAUUAUGUUGAGUGAGAGACUCUGCUUUGUAGUGAGCGGAGAGAGUAGGAGAUAGACUGUAGCGGUUUACUCUGUUUCACGUGUGCAUUGCUAUAGGCCUCGAACUACUAGUCUCUUUAGGGCGAACAAAAGUAAGUAGAUACGAUUACCGGAAUGUAGAAGUCAUUUCGAUCACGUCCGCGGGAAUACGAAUGAAGAAGCAGCAACUUAUUUCCCCCCCUACUCCCUUGGUUGGUAAUAUCGGGGCAGCAGUUAAACGGAUACCUUGUAUCUGUCAGCAUUUUACAUCACAUUAUUAAUCCCUGCUGGCAAUAAUGCAUUAUACAGGAUAUUCAAUAUCCAAAGUACUAAAACGGGGUUGCUUUAAAUGGGUAAUACAUUUGAUUGCAAUACUACUUCAGAAAGGAUGCGUCGGACAGCAGCUGCACAGUUGAUUGUGACAUUGUGAACACGCAAAAAGUGGCCAUAUUCAUUCAGUUUUGUUUUCUUUUUCUCUGCAAAUGUUAGUAGAGUAUGACUCGUGAACGACAUCAUUAGCCCUUCCUACUUACUGGGGAUGUUCUUUUUGUUGGUUCGAUUCUCUCUCCUUGUUUUCGUGCACAGGAUACUUGCUAUCUACCUUUAGCUAAAUCUAAUAGCAUCCUUUCCACCUGAAAGUUUGUCGCUAUCGGAAUACAGUAUUUAUUAGCGCAAGACGUCCAUAUCGUGGCGGGGGUAAUUCGCGCGAGAGAUGCAUAAAUGCUCAUGUGCCGCCAUCGUGUAGCGGAAUGGAGAAAACAUCAAAUCAAACCAACAAAACACAAUAAAAUUAGCAAAUAUGUGUCAAUAAAUGUCUAUCACUUACGCAUUCUGGCUUGAACUGCGCUCUCCUCCCUGCUCAACGGUAUUGUUUGUCAUAAAUGAGUGUGGGUGCAGCAUGGGAGUGGCGAAACAAAAAAUGAGAUUUUAGGAUAGAUAAAAAAAGUAAAACAAUAAAUGGCUGAUAAUAUCAACUGUUGUACGUACCCCAAGUAGCAUGUAGGUUUGAGCAAGAUCGUAGAAGAACGCCUGGUAUAGCAUAUAUGCUCUGCGAGGGCGGAAUGAUUCGUAGUUUGCGAGACUGUUGCACACUGGAAACGAUGGAGACGAUUUGUAUAGUAUUUUUUUUAAUCAAUAAUAAUAUAAGUGCAAAGGAUAAGGAUAAUAAAAAUGUGGGAGGAUGAUUGAAGAAAGGCGAUUCAGGCGCAUCAACUCGGUAAGCUAAGGCAAAACCGAACGAUCGCAAGAAAACACGAUUUUAAGGCGAUGCCAGGCAGAUUGGUAAUGGCUUCCGCGGGCUACUGGGAGCAUAUUUAUUGAUUGAUUGUGUGAGAGGAUCCUGAUGAGUAGAGUUCGAUGCUUUUCUAGCAGGGCUGCAAUACAGAUAGGCGGUCAUAGAGCAAACAGGAAUCGAUGAUCAUGUACCGUAAAUGUAGUCACAAAAGCAAGCACUCAAAUACACACACAUAUCUGCUAGCAUUGAAAGAAAAGGAGCAUUGCGCGUAAGGAAAAUGCAUCAUAAAAAGAGCAAACGAUUAUACGUUUGACGUGAAAUAAGGCUGUGGAAAAUUUCCGGAACAUACGAAUCACACGCGACACACCGCGACAAUAGCACAUCAUCUUGCGAGAUCAUCAUCCCUGUCCCAGAACCGAGUUGCUGCGCUGUUGGAGUAGGGCAAUGUUUCACCAAUAGGGAAGACUCCAGAUUUCCUCCAGAGUCUAUGCUGGCUCUACUGUAAUGACGCGCCGACGACCAAAUCGAAACCGAACCGAUGAAGGGGACUUUCGCACUUGCAACCAUACUGGUCUCUAUCACUGUAAGAACGGAAGACAUCUAUCAACAAAGAAAGCCCAAUACUGUCUGUACUGUGUAGGAUGUUCGCUGUAUCCUUGUUCAUUCUAGUGUUUGACCUUACCCGAUCCCCACUUACACGGAGAAGACUACGUCCACAGGGACGAGUUUGUUAGCGAGCUCUCCCUGCGUGGAGAAUGAGGUUCAAUAAAUCAUUACCGUCAAUUGUAGGGUUUUACAUGUAUCGAUUAGCUAUAUUUGUUUUAGCUCCUAUAGUUGGUAAGGGCGUGCUAUAGAGCGGCGUCGAUAGCGUAUUUCAGUUCAUGAGCCAAUCUCCAUCGUUUGUGUUCUUAACUAGCUCCCAAUGGGCCGAGGUACAACCGAACUAAAUACACUAACUUCACUCUACUAGCUAUUAGAAUGAUAUCCUUAUCGCCGCCGGCAGUAGUUCAUAGAUCUCUCGGUAGUAGAGAUUCUUUUACGCCAUCAUCCGCAAAACGUCGCAAAAUGAGAAAGAGAAAAUGGGAAAGAGCGAAGCGGUACGUAGCACAAUAUUAGUGAAUGCUUUUUGAUCCCGGUGCGCAAUUUGGCUUUCCCUCCCGUUCGUUCGGAUACACCUAGACCAGCGAAAGUGGUCCCAUUUCAUGCUCUAGGUCUCGCAUAAAUAGUCACAUUUUAU